UACUUGGUAGUUCUUGACCUAUCUCACGUAUAAGCGAGCUGAGCAAUUUAUUGAUUUUUCAAAGUUCCCUUUGAAAUUCUUGAAGCCGUUAUCAUACUGUUCAUUAAUCUAUUAUAAACAUGGGUCGCAAAUUUGUUGUUGGAGGUAAUUGGAAGAUGAAUGGAGACAAGAACACAAUCCAUGAAAUCAUCACAACUCUGUCGAAUGGACCUCUGGACCCCAAUGUUGAAGUUGUCAUUGGUAUACCGGCCAUCUACCUAGCUUAUGUGCAGAGCAUUGUUCCGGACAACCUUAAGGUUGCCGCGCAAAACUGCUGGAAGGUGGAAAAGGGAGCUUUCACUGGUGAGAUCUCCCCAGCAAUGAUAAAAGAUGUUGGCUCUGAGUGGGUCAUCCUCGGUCACUCGGAGAGGCGAACCAUCUUCAAAGAAACUGAUGAAUUGGUGGCAGAAAAGGUUGCUCAUGCUCUGGCCACCGGGCUAAAGGUGAUUGCCUGCAUCGGGGAGACUCUCGAGGAGAGAGAAGCGGGUAAAACCGAGGAGGUGGUGUUCAGACAGACGCUGCCGCUGAUCGCUGCCAUCGGCGACAACUGGGACCGAGUGGUGCUGGCCUACGAGCCCGUCUGGGCCAUCGGCACUGGCAAGACCGCGUCUCCUGCUCAGGCGCAAGAAGUGCACGCCGCGCUCCGCAACUGGCUCGUGUCCAACGCGUCGCCCGCAGUGGCCGAGGCGGUCCGCAUCCAGUACGGCGGCUCGGUGACCGCGGCCAACGCCAAGGAGCUGGCGGCCUGUCCCGACAUCGACGGAUUCCUCGUCGGAGGCGCCAGCCUCAAACCAGAGUUCGUUGACAUCGUCAACGCCACCAUGUAAACUCUCCGGCCAAAGCUCGCCAGUUCACUAUGUUGAGGCAUUCGUGGAAACGCUUAGCGUUUGGCUUUUGUCGUUUUCUCUUCUGUGACUUCUGUUUGACAUAGUGUUAUUGGUGGGUAUGAGUUGCUUAAGAUAAUCCGUGUGCAAUGUAUCCAGCACAAUCUUAAUGUGUAGGUUGAACGAUUGUUCUAUGUGUCUAUAUUAAAUGUUGUCUAAAUGUAUAUAGGAUCAAAUUUUUAUUUUGUUGAUUUAUAAAUCAAGAGAUUCUCGUGUAAAAAUUUAACAGGUUUGCAACCUUUAAAUCCAUAUUUAUUAAACUUAAAGCGGCGAUCAGACUAGUUUACUACUAGACUAGUUAAAACUUUAUGGUGUCAUCAAAUCAGCCAUGCAGUUUUUGUUAUGAUUGAAGAUGAAAAAAUAUUAUAAAUAAAUUUUAAUCAUAAUUC